AUGGACAGCAUAAAAGCGUUCGGCGGAUGUGCGAGCAUUGCCUAUGGGGUGUUAUACUGCUUUCUCAUCAUUAAGUACAAUUGCUAUACACACGAUACUGCGGAUUAUUAUGCAUAUUUGAGAUUAGACGGAAAAUCCGACAUAAUUCAGUACUAUGAUUACGACUAUGUCUAUAGAACAAAGCAUCCUCUUGAAAACGGAACAGCUGCAGCUGAAGAAGCUGUUAAAUAUUGGAAGGAACCUGAUGGACUUUGUAAAGUAAGUCUGAUCAAAAUAGAAAUUUUGAUAGUAUAG